AUGGGUGAUGGUACAAAAAAACUACUUCUUCGUAAUGGUGUAAAACCUGAUAAUACUGAGCAUAUAAUGACCUAUAUAGAUAUGAAUAGUGAAGUAAGACCAAAGAAAAUUAAACAAGUUCUUGAAGAACAAAAUUUAUGGAUACCAGGUCUUAUAAAAAAGUGUAAUACAUGUAAAAAAACUAAGCCUGAUCCAAACAACUUAAACUGUUGUGCUUCACAUAUUCUUUCAGCUCAACCUGAUUUUACAACUCAAAAAUCACACAUACGAGAGGUUGGUGAGAAAGCAAUGACUUAUUUAUUGAAGAAUAAAUCAAUAUUUAUUUAUCUUUCAAAUAGUUCUUAUCUUCAAGUAACCAGUAAGAAAGUACAACUUUCUUUAUUAUCAAUUAGCUUUGAAGAAGUGUCAUCUCAAGAACUCUUUAAAGAAGAACGAACUUUUGAAAGGGUGCUAUCUCAGAAAACUUUUGAAGAAACGACACCUCAAGAUAUAUAUAGGGAAAUACAGCAUAAACCUGAAAUUUUCAUCUCAGAUUUGGAAAUCUUGAAUGAUGAGGCAUCAUUUCAAGUAACUUCUAAAGGAAAAGACAUUUUUAAAGGAUUUUCAUCUCAGGAAACUUUUAUCGAGAGAAUGCCACAAGAUAUGUAUAUAGAUUUAGAAAAUUUGAACAAUAUGAUGUCAUCUCAAGAAAUUUUUAAGGGAAACCGAUUUUUGAAAAG